UGUGGAUUACUUUGCUGAUGGGCCUGCCUGGAGAGUACUUACUGACUUUUGGAUUCAACUGGAUUUUAUGACUAAAUAUUUGAGAUGUCGGACCUUAGUGAAGUAGCAGUAUAUGCAGAUUCUUCAGAUAUCUAUAAGAAUGUAUUUUGUAACCCGGCCUUUGAGCUGGAGGGAGAGAGAGAGGAGAGAGUGGAGGGUUUCAGGACCACCUCAUCCACCCCCGAGCCCAUUAAACCACCAACACCCAGUCCUCUUUGGGGCCUGUUUGGGGCUUGUGUGAAGAGGCUGCAGUGCCUGGGCUGUGGCUGGGGGGCGCUGUUGCUCACUGCUGCUGCUCUGCUUCUCCUGGCUGUCCUGGGACUGACUCUGGCUCUGAUACUGACACAGAUCAGAGAUGAGGUCCUGGAGCAGAUGACCACAGUCUCCUCAGAAGUCCUCGUCUCCACAGCGACCACGCCUCACACGUCAGUGCCCGCCCCCUCUCACAGCAGCCAAUCAGAAACCAGCACCACCGCCCCUCCAUCCACCCGGACCUCCACACCUCAGACCAGUUGUGGAGGCGUCCUGACCGAUGCAGAGGGCAGUUUCAGUUCCCCUAACCACCCCGGCUCCUACCCGCCUGAUGCCCUGUGUGUGUGGGUGAUCAGUGUGCCCGCUCCGGCCCUGGUUCAGCUCCAUGUGUCUGUGAUGUCUGUGGAGGGACCAUCCCCCUGCCUCUUUGACUGGCUCCAGGUGCAAGAGCAGAGCCAGCACACGUCCUUUGUGACCAGGUUUUGUGGAAACGUGGCUCCUCCCACAGUGAACACCAACAGCAGCACGGUGUGGGUGACGUUCCACUCAGACAGCAGCAUCUCAGGCUCUGGCUUCAGUGCUCAGUACAGGGCCGUUUUACCUGGACACCAGAGCUGCUCCAGAGAUGAGUUCCUGUGCGAUAGGGGACGCUGUCUUCUCCCUGUGUCUGUGUGCGACGGUCAUCCUCACUGUGACGACCAAACCGAUGAAGAAAACUGCAGCCACAAACACAACGACUGUGGUGGACAGAAAACUGGACCAAAUGGUUUCAUAGCAAGUCCCAACCACCCACUGCUUUACCCACACCAACAGUUGUGCGUUUGGCAGAUUUCUGUAGACGAGGGCCAUGCUGUGUCACUGAGCUGGAAAAACUUCAGUCUGGAGCAUCAGGACAUGUGCGAGUUUGACUACGUGGAAGUGCACGAUGGGGAGGACAUGAGAGGACGGGUUUUGGGAAGGUUUUGUGGUAACUCUAUUCCCCCGACCCUGACCUCCUCUGGGCCUCACAUGACUCUGGUGUUUGUGGCCGACGAGGGACUGACUGACAGCGGCUUCAACGUGACGUACCAGGCCGUGUCCCUGUUAGACAGGACUUGUGAGCCGGGGCAGUUUGCAUGCAGCUCAGGUGAGUGUCUCCAGAGGCAGUGGCUUUGUGACGGAUGGAACGACUGCUCAGACGGAGAAGACGAACAAAACUGUGAUAACUCCACCUAUCCUUCCUUCACUUCGUCCUGUGAGGUCAUACAGGUGGACAUGUGUCUGGGUCUGACCUAUAACCUCACCUCCUUUCCAAACAUCUGGUUGUCCAUCGCCGACCAAUCAGAGGCAGCCUCUCUGCUGCGCCACUACCAGGUGCUGACGGAGCUGGCCUGUUUUGAGCCCCUCAGGAGGCUGUUAUGUGGCAUGUUCCUUCCCCACUGUAGUCCGCUAGGGGGCGUCACGCAGCCGUGUCGCUCCGUGUGCACAGCGGCGGAACAGCAAUGCAGUCACGCUCUGGACACGCUCUCCUUCAGCUGGCCCUUUAACUGUAACCUGCUGAGGGAUUCACAAGAGACUAUGGAGUGCUCCAUACCUUAA